UCCACUCCCAGCUCACUAGCUCAGGAUCCUCCCCUCAGAUCCUGCUGAGAUUCGCCGCCGGUGAAGGCUGAUUCGAAGCUCAAGACUCAAGAGAGCUUCACGAGGUCUUCUCCGUAAGCCAUAUGUCGUCACCGGCUGGUUUCCCACUUUGUCAUUCGUACUGCCCACCACCCUAAUCAUUUUUUAGCUCCACCACAUAUUCCUGCUCCCAUUUCACCUUCCCGGCUUCCCCUCGUGUUCAUCCAGAUCUGCUUGCCCACUUCGCCUGAAUCAGUGUGCUUAGUUCUGUGCGUUCCCGGAGUAGUGCGCGCAACAAUGGCAGAAGUUUUAACCAGCAUGCUCAUUGCGCCGCUGGUGUCCAUCGUGAAGAACAAGGUGUCCAGCUACCUUCUUGAUGAGUACAAGGUGAUGGAAGGCAUGGAGGAGCAGCGCGAGGUCCUCGAGAGAAAGCUACCGGCCAUCCUACACAUCAUCGAUGACGCAGAGGAGAAGGGUGCACACGAAGAAAGAGUAGGUGCCUGGCUCAAAGCACUCAAGAAGGUGUCCUAUGAAGCAAACGAUGUCUUCGAUGAGUUCAAGUACGAGGCACUCCGACGAGAAGCCAAGAAGAGGGGGCACCAGCCACACCAUAAUAUGCUCGGCAUGGAUGUUGCAAGCCUUUUCCCUGCUUAUAACCCCAUUAUGUUCCGCCGCAGGAUGGGCAAGAAGCUGCGGAAGAUUGUGCAAGACAUUGAGGUCCUGGUCACAGAGAUGAACUCCUUUGGUUUCAGAGACAGGCGACAAGCGCCACCAUCAAUGCCAUUGCGGCAGACGGAUCCAGUCAUGAUUGACUCCGAGAAGGAUAUUGUUAGUAGGUCCAGAAAUGAAGAGAAGAAGAAGAUUGUGAAGAUAUUACUUGAUAAUGCUAACAACGUUGACCUUCUCGUUCUCCCUAUUGUUGGAUUGGGUGGGCUGGGCAAGACAACCUUUAUUCAGCUCGUUUACAGCGACCCUGAAAUAAAGAAGCAUUUUCAGUUCCGGAAGUGGUGUUGUGUGUCAGAUGAUUUUGAUGUGUGUAAUAUUGCAAGAAGCAUCUGCAAUAGCUCAGAGAAAGAUAGUGAAAAGGCAUUGCAAGACCUUCAGAAAGAAUUGAGCGGAAAGAGGUGCCUCCUUGUGUUGGAUGAUGUAUGGAAUCAGGAUGUUAAUAAAUGGGAAAAGCUGAAAACAUGUCUUCAGCAUGCUGGCACAGGUAGUGCAUUACUGACCACAACUCGAGAUGCAAAAGUAGCUCAAAUUAUGUCUGGGGGUAAAGUUCAACCCCAUAAGCUGGAAAAUCUAGAUGAUGCGUUUCUAAAGGAAAUACUCGAGAGAAGGGCAUUCAAUUUGCAGAAGCCAGAAUUUACUAAGAUGGAAGAUAUUGUUAAUGAGAUUGUGAAGAAAUGCCAUGGGGCUCCAUUAGCUGCCAAAGCCACAGGAUCUAUGUUGAGUACCAAAACUAGCAAGGACGAAUGGAUGGUUGUAUUAAAGAAAAGCAGCAUUUGCAAUGAGGAGACUGGAAUUUUACCGAUACUCAAGCUCAGUUAUGACAACUUACCAUUACACAUGAAGCAGUGCUUUGCGUUUUGUGCUGUGUUUCCGAAAGAUUAUGAGAUUGAUGUGGAGAAUUUAAUCCAACUGUGGACGGCUAAUGACUAUGUACCGCGUGAAGAGGAUGUCCCUCUUGAAACAACUGGAAGACGGACUUUCAAUGAGCUAGCUUGGAGGUCAUUCUUUCAGGAUGCGAAACAAACACCAUUAGAAGAUCAAAACUGGAGUCAUUUUCCUUGUAUUAAGACAUGCAAGAUACAUGAUCUUAUGCACGAUAUUGCUUUAUCUGUUUUAGGAGAAGAAUGUGCAACUAUCAACAAUUGGUCCGAUCAAAAGAAGUUGUCAAAACAUAGUCGGCACAUGUUCUCGUCGUAUACUGUGACUGGAAGUCAUCUGAUCGGUUCCCCGACUCUCCAGACAUUGUUGUGUCCACGUCCUGAUUUUGGUGAAACAAAGUGGACGCCACAUAUGCGAAAAUGUAAUUCUCUGCGAGCACUACAACUUCCUCGGUGUUCGAAUUUCAAAAUCAGACCAAGGCACUUACUGUUGGAAAUAAAUUCUGUUAAGAUAUUGUGA